AUGACCACCAAAUUUGCUUCCUUUGACAGAGUAGACCUCACCUACAAAGUUGUCAAUGGUCAAAAUCUCGAUACAUCAGUCCUCAUCCCCAAAGCACUACAAUCUCAACCGAGAGGCGAAUACCCCGUUCUGGUCUACUGGCACGGCGGCGGCUUCAUAAUCGGCGACCGCAUGUACGAAGGCUGGUUUGCGCCAUGGAUGCUCGAUCUCUGCCUCUCCAACUCCGCAAUCAUCAUAUCCCCCGACUACAGACUCAUCCCGGAGUCCAACGCCGCCGAUAUCCUCUCCGACGUCGAGUCCUUCUGGCUCUGGCUCCGCAAUGAUCUCCCUUCACAAACCUCCUCGUGGACCGCCCGUCCAGACCUAUCCCGAGUCGCAUGCGCAGGGACCUCAGCAGGAGGCUACCUCGCCGUUCAAUCAUCCCUCCUCUUUCCGCACCUCUCGCCAAUCAAAGUCCUACUCACCAUCGCGGGCUCCCUCUACACCGACAUCCCGCAUUACAAAGUCCCCGGGCCGAAGAUGAUACUGGGAAAGAGGCCGCCUCCUCCACGGAAGGCCGAGAUGAUUAUACGUGAAUAUACGCGGAAUAUGAAGGAGGGGGUGAUUCGGACCAGCGGGGAUGCGGUUGAGAUGUGGGAGUUCUUGACGUGUGUUUUGCAGCAGGCUUAUUUGCCGAGGUGGUUGGGGCUGAAGGCGGAUGAGAGGUUCGAGGUGAUGAGGAUGAUUGAGAAGGUGGAUUUCAUGCCGCCGAUUUGGUUGGUGCAGGGGAAGGAGGAUUCUGUGGUUCCUCAGAUGUGUGCUACCGGGUUUGUGGAUCGGUUAAAGGUGAUUUUACCUGACGUGCCGGUGAUGUUGAGCCUUGAAAAGGGCGAUCAUGGAUUCGAGGUGAUGCAUACUGUAGAAGAUGAAUGGGUGAAAGAAGGAAUCGAGUUCAUGACCAGAUUCUGGCCUUGA